GUAUUCAAGCCGAUAUAUUGGUGUUCUGCACGGCUCUCGUGCGUUGAAUGGUGUUUUGUGAGGGUCGAGCCUACUACGGUGGACUGAAGACCUUCGACCCCGCGUCCGGGCCGGUAUGCAUGGGCCUAAGACACUGGCGGCGGGAGAUGGAGCUGUCAACCAGCCACAUGCCCGACGAGGAGAAGGAGGAUGAUGACAUGGCCAUGACGAAUUGGAGAGGAAGACGCAGAUCCACUGCCACCUUUGAAAGUGCAGCAAAGCGUGGGCCUGAGCGUGCCGUUAGGACCCAACGUCAACGUUCAGUCAGCGGCUUGGUGCGCAACCCACUAAAUUUGCCCGACCACGGCAUGCUGUAGACUCCUAACCACCAUUUAUACCGCUCCUCUCUGCCCGAUAAGCUCGAAACCGAUACACCACACUUGGAAGUUCACAAACAAACCGUCUUGAAUUGCCCCCGCCACGCGCUC